CCCUGAGAUUAAGCAUGUAGCUUUUUUGUGCUUCAGAUGAAUAUCUCCCCGCUCCCGGCCCUGCAAUUUGACUAAGGAAACGCCUAGGGAGGGGGGCUCUUUAUGUCUGGAGCUGUUUAGGUUAGCAGAGGGAGCAUCGACAGGUGGUGGCCCGCUCAAUUUUUUCCCUUCUCUCUCUCUCGCUCUGUCGCUCUCACGCGCGCACACUCACCCAGAACACAGGAAAGGCUACAUGAUUGUCAUGCAGUACGUUGGCUGGGAAGACGGAUGGAGCUCCGUGCAGCCUGCCUGAUGCCGCUGGCGCUGGCGAAAAGCCGCUGAGGAGGAGAGGCAGGGGCCGGGCGGCUCUUGGGGGCAGGUUGGACAACAAGCGGCGCCGGCAGGCUCAGAGAGGGUCCUUUCCCCCCCUCCGGCCGCGCUUUGGGAACCUCGUUUUGGCCGGGCGGGCCGGCGGCGGGGAGGUAUUGGCCAAGGCUCACCACUCUGGCAGGAACCUAACUGAGAAGAUUGUUUGAUAUAAGAAGCCAUUUCCCUCACCAUUACUAUCAUGAAGAAAAGUCGGAGUGUGAUGACCGUCACCACAGAGGGUAAUGAUAAAGAUUACUUAGAAGGUGGCCUCAGCAAGUCCUACAGUGCAUCUAGCAAUACCCUUGGUAUAGAUCUUUGGAGAGGAAGAAGAUGCUGUUCUGGUAAUUUACUGUUACCACCACUGUCUCAAAGACAGAGUGAAAGUGCCAGAACACCAGACAGAGAGAACAUUUCUAGACCCACAACUUUGCCUUUACUCACCCUUCCCAGCAUUGCUAUUACCACUUACCAUGAUAGCUUUGAUGUGGAAAAUGGCCCAUCCCCAGGUUGUAGUCCACUGGACCCUCAGGCUGGCUCUUCUUCAGGGCUUGUACUCCAUACUACAUUUUCAGGGCACAGCCAGCGCAGAGAAUCAUUUCUUUAUCGCUCAGACAGUGACUAUGAUCUGUCACCAAAGACCAUGUCCAGGAAUUCCUCUUUGCCAAGCGAACAACAUGGAGAUGACUUGAUAGUUACACCGUUUGCACAGGUCCUGGCAAGUCUCAGAAGUGUAAGAAAUAAUUUUACAUUACUGACAAAUCUGCAAGGAACAUCAAACAAGAGGUCUCCAGCGGCAAAUCCACCACCAAUCCCCAGGGUUAAUGUUCAAGAGGAAUCCUAUCAAAAAUUAGCCAUGGAAACUUUGGAGGAAUUGGACUGGUGUUUAGACCAACUUGAAACCAUUCAGACUUACCGGUCUGUUAGUGAGAUGGCAUCAAAUAAGUUCAAGAGAAUGCUAAAUCGGGAACUGACACAUCUUUCGGAAAUGAGCCGCUCAGGGAACCAGGUGUCUGAAUAUAUUUCAAACACUUUCCUCGACAAACAGAACGAUGUGGAGAUUCCCUCUCCCACUCAGAAAGACAGAGAGAAAAAGAAAAAGCAGCAGCUCAUGACACAGAUCAGUGGUGUAAAAAAGCUCAUGCAUAGUUCAAGCUUGAAUAAUACUAGCAUUUCAAGAUUUGGUGUGAAAACAGAGAAGGAAGACCAUUUAGCCAAGGAGCUGGAGGAUCUGAAUAAAUGGGGCUUGAACAUAUUUAAUGUUGCAAGAUAUUCCCACAGUAGACCUCUUACUUGCAUUAUGUAUGCCAUUUUUCAGGAGAGAGACCUUCUGAAGACAUUCAAAACCUCAUCAGAUACCUUUAUUGCUUACAUGAUGACUCUGGAAGACCACUACCAUUCCGAUGUAGCCUAUCACAACAGUCUCCAUGCUGCUGAUGUGGCCCAGUCAACUCAUGUUCUUUUGUCUACGCCAGCAUUGGACGCUGUCUUCACUGAUUUGGAAAUUCUUGCUGCAAUUUUUGCAGCAGCAAUUCAUGAUGUGGAUCAUCCCGGUGUCUCCAACCAGUUCCUUAUUAAUACAAAUUCUGAACUUGCUCUAAUGUAUAAUGAUGAGUCUGUCUUGGAAAAUCACCACCUUGCUGUGGGUUUUAAGCUGCUACAAGAAGAAAAUUGUGAUAUAUUUCAGAACCUGACCAAGAAACAGCGCCAAACUCUCAGGAAAAUGGUGAUAGACAUGGUUUUGGCAACAGAUAUGUCGAAGCACAUGUCUCUUCUGGCAGACCUGAAGACCAUGGUGGAAACUAAAAAAGUGACAAGCUCCGGGGUCCUUCUUCUGGAUAAUUACACGGAUAGAAUACAGGUUCUCCGAAACAUGGUUCAUUGUGCUGAUUUAAGUAAUCCCACAAAAUCUCUUGAACUCUAUCGGCAAUGGACAGACAGAAUCAUGGAGGAGUUUUUCCAGCAAGGGGACAAAGAACGGGAGAGAGGAAUGGAAAUCAGCCCAAUGUGUGACAAACAUACAGCUUCUGUAGAGAAGUCGCAGGUUGGGUUCAUUGAUUAUAUCGUCCACCCACUUUGGGAGACAUGGGCAGACCUGGUACAGCCUGAUGCCCAAGAUAUCUUGGAUACCCUAGAAGAUAACAGGAAUUGGUACCAGAGUAUGAUCCCUCAGAGCCCCUCUCCUCCUCUCGAAGAAUGCAACAGAGACUGUCCAGGCCUGAACGAGAAGUUCCAGUUCGAGCUUACCCUUGAAGAAGAGGAUUCUGAUGGACCUGAGAAAGACAGUGACAGAAUCAGCUAUUUCAGCAGUACAAAGACACUCUGUGUGAUUGAACCAGGAAGAAGGGGUUCCCAAAAGGAAGCUAAUAUAGAAAUUUUGACUGAAGAUACAUCACCUACUGAUACUUAAUGUACUGUAAUCCGUGUCAGUGAAUUUAAAUACUCCAUGCACAUGCAGGUUUGUCUUGCUGACUCGCCUGACACCUGGGUCUUAGGCCAGCAUCUUCAGUUGCUUAAAAGACCUUUCCAGUUACUUGAGAUUGGAGUCAGGGUUAAAGAGCAUGUAGUUGACUGCUCAGGAAAUUAACAGAUGAUUUAUAUUGCAGCUUCAAGCUUUUGUCAGCCAGAAAAAUCAAAACAAAACCCAAAAUCAUUGUGGUGGUCUGGAACCAAUGUGAGCUGUUACUGAAUAAGCAUGAUAGGGAAUGACACAAAGUUGAAAUGUUUUCUAUUCUAAAGGGGUUUGGAAAUCUAGACAGGUCUGACAGCUAGAACUACUGAUUCAUAACUCUGCAUUUAAAACUUGUCCUCCUGUCUGCAGACCCGUGUGCCUUUUUUAUAAACACUUCCACAUCUUUUCGAGAAACCUAUACGCAACAAAAUAUGUUUGAUAUUGAUGUAUAAUUUUUUAAUUAUUAUUAUUAUUCCUGUUUUAAAGAAAGAAGUCUUCCUUUUUUAAGGGCAAUACUUGUUACUUUAUUGCAGUUUAAUCACUUGUGACUCACUAAAUCAAGCAGGGUGACCUCUUUGCAUUACUGGUCACUUUAUCAGUCCCACAAGAUCUGUGUAGCUCUGCUGUUUGCUUGCUACUGAAAGCAAGAUUUCCAACAACCGUUUUCAAAAGGAAAAGUGUAGCUUCGUGUUUUCAUAGCACAAUAUGGGCACAUGUAAACAAACCAGCAGACGGAGGUAGUAUGGCGUGCAGUCUUCCCUCGUGGUUUUCCUUUUUCCCUUAAACACAGUGGAAGUUGUAUGCUUGGCCCUUUUGUGUUUUCUUUGCUGCAUAGUUCAUGUCUACUAGGUUUAAGAUUGUUUUUCCUCCUGCACUUGCCUUGAGCUCUAACACGUCCAGUACUGUUUAUAACAGUGUAUUUAUUACUGAAUGUACAUAAUGUAAUGUUUUGUAAGUAUUAAUUUAUAUAAAUUAACAUUGCCUGUCAGUGGUGAUGUUACUUGUGUAGAAGACUCUGGAUGAGAGUUGCCUUUCUUGUAACCUUUUGUACUGCAUAAAACAGAAGAACCUGAACAUAGCUUAAAAGAGACAUAUGGAACCCAGAGAGGGCAUUCAGGCGGCAUUGUUUCUAGGGGUUACAUUUCCACUAGGAUUUGGGAACCCAUCACUGUUGGAAGCUGAGAAAGAUUUAGGAUAGUCUGUUAAAAUGACGUGAAACUACUGAAACUCUAAAGAGAUCCCCAGUAAAAGCCACAUGUGUUAAUGUGUCGUUUUCAAAUUUGCAAACAAGCCAAUGUGAAUUUCUAGGACAAAAUGUGAACUGAUGUUAUAAUUGUGCUGUGAAUCUUCCAACAAAGCUUGUUAGGCAUGUAUACAGUGCCGAUUUCAGUCUGUAAAACCAUGUUUCAAGCUUUCAGUCCAACUUGUGACUAACUAGUUGAUGAAAAUAGCACAGUUGUGCAUGAUCAAUGGGUUUGUAUGUCUGUUUAACACUGCAUUGUUCCAGGUGGUUAUUUUAUUGUUUCAAAGUUUCACAAAAUUGUAUGUUGUUAUAGUAUUAUAUAUUGUGUUCACAUGCAUUCUUAAAAGAUUUUUAUAUGAAGUGAAUAAAUGGAAGCAUGACUUAGAUCGGGCUCUCCUUGAUAAAAAUUUUAGUCAGCU